AUGACGAACAACACGACUCUCUCUUGUGAAGAAAGGCUUGUUUCUCUUACCACUUCUAACGAUGAUGACUUCAGAACGAAACAGGUCUCUCUCUCUACCUCUAUCAUUGUUGCUGCUUUGUCACCAGUCGCAGUAGUGGCAAAUUUGCUGAUUUUGGCGGCAAUUUGGAAGAGGAACUUCUUGCGUACACCAUUUCAUAUCCUGUUGAGUGGAUUGGCGUUUAAUGAUUUGUGCACAGGACUCGUUGCUCAGCCUCUGUACGCUGCAACGCUUUUGAUUUACUCGAUAAGCUCGACAGUAAUAUGUCAAACACCAGCGCUUGUUAUAACGAUACGUACAAUCGGCGAGAGCGCUGCAGUUGCCUUCAUUACCAUGACGAUUCUAACCAUCGCAGUGAUGUCCAUUGAAAGAUGGCUCCACAUGUCACGGCGAUCUCUCAUAACAUGGCAUAGCGGAUGUCUCACCGUCCUCAUCGUGUUGCUUUUUGGGAUACCUAUGGUUGUUGUUCGGAUUUUAGAGAAUAAUCAUGGACGGACAACGAGAUUACUUUUCAUUGCCCAGAUUCUGUUUUGUUAUCUAAUCACAUUAUACGCACAUUUCAAAGUUUACCAAAUCAUUCGCCUACAUAAGCACCAGGUCCAAGCGAGCACAACUUCUCACAAUUUUGGUCAGCCGGCGAUAGAUCUGGCGAAGUAUAAGAAAUCGAUAGCAACUAUGAUUUAUAUUCUCUUGUUGUUUUCUAUUUGUUUCGUGCCUUAUAUUAUCUCCACUGCGAUGUACUAUGGAGUUAGCAGAAUGACUUUGGAAACAUAUUUUUCCUUUAGAGUAUCUGUAGUUUUUUUAUUUCUGUCUUCGUCUCUCAACCCAGCGCUUUACAUUUGGAGAAUGCGAGAUAUUCGUCAUGGAGUUAAGCAGCUACGUGACUGUUUUGUUUUUUAA